GGGAUCCGGGUGGCUGCAGAAGGCCGCGUCGAUUGCGGGGCUGGGGGUCGCGGCCGAGGCAGCGGGUUCGGAACUGGAUCCCCAGCGAGCAGCGCCCUUUCGCCGCGUGACCUGUCGGCGGGAGCGCACCUCGCUCCGCGCCUGCGCGUUCCAGCAGGGCUCCCGUCUUCCCCAGCUCCAAGGCCCCUGCCCAGAUGGCAUUAGCAGGAGACCCCACUGCGGGCCCUCGGGAUGCUGCCGACCAGAACUUCGACUAUAUGUUCAAGCUGCUGCUGAUCGGCAACAGCAGCGUGGGGAAGACUUCCUUCCUCUUCCGCUACGCGGAUGACUCCUUCACACCCGCCUUCGUCAGCACCGUGGGCAUCGACUUCAAAGUCAAGACGGUCUACCGCCAUGACAAGAGGAUCAAGCUGCAGAUCUGGGACACGGCGGGCCAGGAGCGCUACCGGACCAUUACCACAGCCUACUACCGCGGAGCCAUGGGCUUCCUGCUCAUGUAUGACAUCGCCAACCAGGAGUCCUUCACCGCAGUGCAGGACUGGGCUACACAGAUCAAGACCUACUCCUGGGACAACGCCCAGGUCAUCCUGGUGGGGAACAAGUGCGAUCUAGAGGAUGAGCGGGUUGUGCCCACCGAGGACGGUCGGAGACUCGCUGAUGAUCUUGGGUUCGAGUUCUUUGAGGCCAGCGCCAAGGAGAACAUCAACGUGAAGCAGGUGUUUGAACGCCUGGUGGAUAUCAUCUGCGAGAAGAUGAAUGAGUCCUUGGAGCCCAGCGCCAGCCCUGGCAGCAACGGGAAAGGCCCAGUCCUGGGGGACCCUGCGCCACCCCAGCCCAGCAGCUGUAGCUGUUAGGGGGACCCUCGACUGUCACCUGCCUCCUCAGGGACUGUGACCCAGACAUGAGCCACAAGGGCUCUUCCCAAGCUCAGGGCCCCUUCUUCUCUCCUGUCUACUACUCCCCUCCCCGGCAUGGCUCACUCCUUCUCCAUGUUACCACCAUGCUCAACCCCAGAGGCUCAGCUCAGCAUUGCAGGCAGCAACCUGGGGAUGUCACUGUGUUCAGGCUUGCUGCUCUCCAAGGCUUUUUGGCAGGGUGACCAUCGGCAGCACAUCCCACCAUGCCUGAGGAAGAAGCCUCGGCAGUGCCUUUUACGACAGAACCAUUUUCAGGGGUCACUCUGCACUGGGCAUUGCCUGGUGUGUAGGAGCCCGGGGAGGGUGUCAUGGUGCAAGUUCUCCCUGGAGAGGUGGAGGCAGCCCGUCUGUCUCAGGUGUCCCUCCUUAGCCUCGAGCCUUCCAUGUGAACUUCCUAACUGCCAAAGCUCUAAGAUAAUAUCACUAUUCAGGGCCGCACAGACCCCUGCCUCUGGCUGGCAGACUGAAUACUAAAGCCCAUCUUCCUGUUACAGAAGGGAUAGGGAGCUGGCGUGGCGUACGCCUGUCAUUCCAGCACUCAGGAAACUGAGGCAGGAGGAUUUCUGAGCGUUCAAGACCAGCCUGAACUACAUAGCAAGACCCUGUCUCAGAAAGAAGGGACAGAAAGUCCAGCUGGCCCUGGCCGCAGAGACUCCAAAAGUGCCUCCCUGCUUCCCUCUGGUACCCAUAGUGCUCAGGGCCCUGUAACUGUUUGGGUUGGUCCUGGGUUGAAUUCUGGAAUUGGGACUCGGCCACA